AGCAUCAUCAGCAUCACAAAAACCAAAAAAACCAAAGCACUCUCUCACAACACACAUUCGUUUAAACAACAUCAUCUCAUCAACACUCGCUUCAGCAACAUAUUCACUCAUUUUUCAAACUCACCAACAAAACCAACCAAACGUUCAACAUGCAGUUCACCAUCGUUGCCGCUCUUACCUUCGCCCUCGGCGCCCUUGGAGCUCCCCAGCUCGGUGGUCCCCCCAACACCAACCGCAUCCCUCCCGUUCCCGGUGAUGUCACUGUCGGCCAGGCCGGUGACACUUGCGGUUCCGACUUGGACCUCAGCUGCUGUGACAAGGUCGACCAGUCCGGUGACGCCAUCAACGAGGCUAGCGGUCUCCUCGCCGGUCUCUUGGAAGGUGGUCUCGAGAAUGGGGAGCUUGGCCUGUUCGAUGGCUGCUCUAAGUUGAACAUUGCUGCUGUCAUCGGUCUCAGCGACUUUUUGGAAAGCCAGUGCAAGCAAACCCCAGCUUGCUGCCAGCACUCUGGUAUGGAGCAGGACGGUCUUCUCAACGUCGGACUCCCUUGCGUUGCCCUUGGCAGCGUCUUGUAAAUGCCAGCCUCGUUUCAAUACGACUCGCAUAACUGGAGCAUAGCAUUAGGGGAUAUGAGAUAUGUUGGGAUGUAAUGUUGGGGAGAGUGCCAAAUUGUAUUGUUUAGCCUGAUUUCAGUGAUUUAGUAAUUCCAACUUCAGUCGCUCGUUAACCA